AUGGAUACAAUUAUUUUUUCACCAAGAGAGCAAAAUCAAAAGGAAUCACAAGCGAUAACAAACAAUCCUGUGACAAGAGGAAGUAAAUGGUAUAACUAUAUUCCUUCAGGCGUGAUUUUGAUAUUUCGUAGGCUUUCUGUUUGGUUUUAUGUCAUUGCUUUCUGCAUGCAAUGCUUCAUUGAAACAUCCAUAGACUUUUCUUAUACGUUAGUUCCAUUAAUUCUUACUAUUUUGACAACAAUUACAAUUGAUUUGAUUCAAAAUGCAAGAAAAAAGAAAACAAUCAAGCGUAUCAAUAAUCUUAGUUGUACAGUAUACCGAAACAAUGAAUGGAUUGAAACAACAUGGGGAACAUUGAAAACAGGCGAAAUAGUUAAGAUGCAAAACAACGAUGUAGCACCUGCUGACUUAAUAUUAUUGUUUACAUCCGAUGGACAGCCAAUUUCCGUUGAAACUCACAUCAUUGACGGUUCAACUCAAUUAAGUCCGAGAUAUGGACCUGAACUCUCCGAAUUACUGCAUGAAAACUCAUUACUAAACUCCACAUUUACAGUUCGUGACAUAAACAGAGUGAAAUACGAAGAACCAAACACUGCAAAGUCACAAUUGACUUCUAAGUACAAUUUUUUCGCAAAAAUCGAUUUGGGAUCAAAACAAUACGACUUAACUAACAAGAAUUUCAUUGAAAGAUACUCUUAUACCUAUCACAGCGGUUACAUUUUGUGCGGAGUUGUAUUUACAGGCGAAGACUGCUGGACAGUAAAGAAUACACCAAUAAUACAUAAAUUCUCGUUAUUAGAGAACAUCCUGAACGAUUCUAGCCUUUUAUUGAUCGGAAUUUCGAUUUUAUUUUCAAUAAUUGCGGCUUCCUUUUCUCUUUUAUUCACGAAGAAGGUGAAGUCGUGGCCAUUCGAACUAGACCUCAAAACAUCCGAUUUCUUCCUCCAAAACUUGUGGAAUUAUUUAAUUUUGUUAAUUCCGAUUUCUCCUCUUGAAAUCUAUCCUCUAUUAGACUUUAUAUUUAUUGUUAACUCAUUCCUCAUCAUGAUGAGUCAUAAAAAGUCCACAAUUCCGAACAUCAGAGUUCUUGACGAAAUUUCCCAUGUCGAUACCGUUAUAACCUCCAAAUCCAUGCUUCUCGAGCACAAGCCAACACUCAAGAGGAUCUAUUUGAAUGGAAAAUCAUAUGGAAUGGACGUAACAACGCGACAGCUUUCCCAGAACAUCGAAAACGACCUUUUGCAAAACAGAACUAUGAUGUCCCAGUUCUACGAUUCGAGUCUGAAGGCUGAUGAGUCAAACCAUAUGUUUUUUGUCUCAUUAACUUUAUGUCAUUCAGCAUCUAUCGUUGGAACAUCGGAUAAGUUCAAUUACAUAUCGAGAUUCCCUGAUGAUGAGCAUUUGCUGAGGCUGGCGGCCCUUAACGGCUACAUUUUGAUGGGAAGAAACGAAAAUGAGUCAAUUGUAAGGAUAAACGGCAAAACUAGGCGGUACAAGACGAAGAGAAUUAUUCACUCAUCGCUCAGACACCCGAGAAUCUCGAUUAUCGUAGAAGAUGAAGAAGGAACAAUUAUCUUAUUUACAAGAGGCGUUUACAAGACAAUGAUAAACAUAGUAGACGACAAUGAGAAAUGCGUUCCGAUUUACGAUACGUACCACGAAGAAGGCUUGCACGUAGAGACAGCGAGUUAUCAGUACAUUACUCCUUUACAGUAUCAGCAAUUCGAACAGAAGAUGGCUGAGUUCGGCGAAGGUAAUGUUGAUUUCGAGUUUUCUGUGGUCGAAUCUUUAGAAAAACACUCAGUUUUGCUUGCAAUGUUCGGAUUUGAAGAUCAGCCAAGAGACGGCGCCCUGAUUUUCCUUGCAAGAGUGAAGAAUGGCUGUAACCAAAUAGUUUUGUCCAGCCAAUCUAAAGGAACUUCCUUGAUUAUCACUGGAAUUGCGUUAGGUCUCAUUAAUUUAGGUCCAGUAGUCGGAACGAUUAAAGGACCGAUCAUAGAAGAUGUCGAGAUUUCGAUUUCUUAUGUUCUUGAGCAGAGUCAUUACGAUGUUUUGAUUAUUUCGGGUCAAUCUGUUGAAUUUUUGCUACAAAGCGAGUACGCAUAUGAAGUUGCCCAGCUGAUCUUGAACACAAAGGUGAUCAUUCUCCAGAGAAGUGACCAAUUACAGGCAAGUCAGUUCAUUGAAUAUUUACAAAACGUGACAAACCAAGUAGUUAUGGCUGUUGGUCAUUCUGUAUAUGAUUCUGUUUAUAUGGCUCAGGCGAAUGUUUCAUGUGCUGUUAGAUCUAAUGAAAUACAGCCUUGUUCUGUGACAAGUGACAUUGUUGUGAAUAAUUUUGAAAAUUUAUGCGAUGUUAUCUUCCUUCAUGGAGUUUACUUGAGGGAAAGAGUGAGAACAUUCAUAAACUACAUAAUUCCACGCAAUAUGGUCACUUGUUUCGCAGUUUUUUGGUAUGGAAUUUUUAAUUGUUUCUCAGGAACACCAUUAUUCAGAGAAGCUGACUAUUUCAGCAUGAUGUACUUCUUUACAUUAGUUCCUGUCAUCUCCCGCUCGAUUUUUAACAUCAAAGAGCAUAUGUACAACUUAUUGAGUGAUCCUUCCAUAUAUAAGAACGAAAACGAGCCGAUACUGACAAGAAAGAGAAUAUUGGUGUCGUUUGCUGCAUCUCUUCUGUUGAGUUUUGCCUUAAUUUUCGUUUCAAAAGUUGUUUUGUCUGAUUCUGGUGCAUUUAUGAGCACGAUUUCGAUUCCUCAUUAUUCGCAUGCUAUAAUGGGAUGUAUUGUAUACGGAUCUUUGGGAUUUGUCCUUCCUACAUUCGAUACUUGGAAUUUAAUUCAUCAUUUGCUUGUUUGGGGUUCGCAAAUAUUGUACUACACAUCUUAUAGAGUUGCUACUGAACUGGAAAUCAGCAAAAGAAUAUACGGAGUCACUCAUCAAGUUUUUAUUAAGCCAAAUUCAAUUUUGAUGAUGGUUUUAUCACUGUUUUUGGGAAUGUUCUUCUCGGCAUCAUUCCAGAUGUUCAAGAAAUACAUGAAAAAGAAGAGAGAAAUUGCAUCUCAAUAA